UCAAGGAAGCAGGGGAAGGCUUUUGCUGAGUGGGGAAAAGCUACAGACUCAAGUGCUUAGAGUUGAGCAAUCCUCCUAUUCAGGUACAACCAUCGUAUGCUCUGUUUUCCCAUUUUUGCAUCAUUCUGCUCUUUUAUUUCGCUGAUAGUUGGUUUUGAUGAUUGAGAGUGGGCAUUAGAGAUCAUACAUAUCGGAGUCGGUCUACAUACACUUUCUGUUCGUUUUUUUCGGUUUUUAUAGAAACAGAAAUCAUGCUUUGUUUCUUUGCUUUGUUUUGGUCUUUGUUGUGUUUGAGAGUAUCCCAGUCGCUGGGUUGGCCAUCUUGGUUGGGGGUGUUUCUGGGAGAGCACCAUGAGAGCCAUUUUUCAUGUUGUUGGAAAUUUCCGGAUGUUUGAGAGCCAUGUGGACCACAUUGGAAUGCUUAGAGAUGCUGAUUGGAGUCUACAACAAAGUUGCAAAAGAAAUGGGACAAUAUUUACCAGCAGCCGAUACCCAUCACCAUACCCACAUCAUCAUUUUUUAAUACCCACUAACCUACGUUCAGCUCAUCACCUCCUUCACCACACCACCCCCCUCACUCUUGGUUCACUUCCCUCCCCUUCUCACGUACAUGGAGUCUUAUGCGCAUGGCCACCUUCAUCUCAUCAUGCCUUCCACCAUUCAUUUCUCACUCAACUUCUUUCUUCUCCACUCCAUUCUCUCAUCCACAACCACAACAACAACAACAACCCCAUUGUUUCAGUAGCCUAGCUCCACUGGUUUUGGACAUCGAACCCUAUUCGCCGCGCCGCGGUCGAUGUCGGCUCCCCAGUUGACCACUCAGAUGGCUUCCGUGGCGCCCCUGCCACUCUUACUAGCUAAUCGUGACGCUCCUGUGAUCGCUUCCGAGGUCGUCAUAGAGGUCGACGAGUUCGAUAUCUGGAGCUCCUCCCACUCCGCCUUGCCCAAGUUCCGCAAGCCUGUUUCGAGUUCACGACUCGCGAAAAAGCCGUCGAAGCGUGGAGAGUCAGGCGAUCGUAGCACCGUGAUGGUCAGCUCGCUGCCGGUAAACAUUCCAGACUGGUCCAAGAUCCUUAGAGAGGAUUACAGAGAUAAAAAUAGGAAAGAGAGAGCUGCAAACUCCAGUGAUGCUAAAACUAUGAGCUUCCGGUUUGCUGGGAGAGCUGUUUAUAUUGCAAUAUGGGUGGCUACUGGAAAUGGUUUGCUGGGAACUUGGCAUCAAUGUGGUGCUGCUGGUGCUCCGCCUUUUCUAUUUGUUAUUCCUUAUAUUAUGUUUGUACACAUUGGGUUGUACACUCCAUAA